GUCACGGUUGCCAUGGAGAGGCCGGCUCGGCAGAGACCCCGGGCUGACAGAGCUUUGAAGCGGUGUCCGUCCGCACCAUGAGCGGCCGUAGUAGGGGUCGAAGGUCUUCCCGUGCCAAAGGCCGGGGCAAAGGCCGGGCCAGAGCCCGGGUCCGCGCCGCCGAGGACGAGGCCUGGCGCGACGCGAAGUCGCCGCAGGACCCGCAGCUCGGGGAGGACGCCGCGGCCGCGCAGGUGCAGGCCGACGCUGCUUCCGGAGGCUCGGAACCAGCCGAGCUCGGGGACGAUGCGGCCUGCCGCGUCCCGCUGGACUGCGGCCUGGCGCUGCGGGCUCGGGCUGCGGACGAGCGCGGGCUGGCGGCCACUGACCCAGCCCUGGAAUUGGCCACAUCCCUCGCCGAGCGCCUGGCCACCGACACCGGCUUCGUUGGAACCGUAGGAGCCUUGGCGAGGCUGCGACACCGCACCCGCGUUGGAAAUCGGCGAGUCCCCGGGAGGAGGGCCCCAGAUACUCGGAGCGCCGCGGGAAGGAGACCUCAGGCCACAGUCAGUGGGAAGCCAAAGAUGGGCUCUGCGGGGCCAUGUGUCGCUGUCCCAGUGGGGGAGGAAAGGAAGGUGGCAGAGAAGCAUGCUGGGUCAGGGUCCUUCGCGAUGAUAGGCAGCAUGGAUACCCUGGAGACGGUCCAGCUAAAGCUGGAGACCAUGAAUGCACAGGCCGACAGGGCCUAUCUCAGGCUCUCCCGCAAGUUCGGCCAGUUGCGCCUUCACCAUUUAGAGCGCAGGAACCUCCUUAUCGAGAGCAUCCCUGGCUUCUGGGGGAAAGCCUUUCAGAACCAUCCCCAGCUGUCAUCUUUUCUGAAUACCAAAGAUAAGGAGGUAUUGACCUACAUGAACAGACUGGAGGUGGAAGAGCUUGGCCUCGCUAGAUUGGGCUACAAAAUCAAGUUCUACUUUGCCCCAAACCCCUAUUUCCAAAAUAAGGUGCUCGUCAAGGAAUAUGGAUGUGGUCCCUCCGGUCAAGUGGUGUCUCGCUCAGCUCCAAUCCAGUGGCUCCCAGGUCAUGAUCUACAGUCCCUAAGCAAGGAAAACCCAGAAAAUAAUGGUAGCUUCUUUGGGUGGUUUUCAAAUCACGGCUCUAUUGAGUCUGACAAGAUCGUUGAGAUAAUCAACGAGGACCUGUGGCCCAAUCCUCUACAGUACUACCUGGUCAGUGAAGAAGCCCGUGGGGAGAAAGGCAAGGAAGAAAGGCCAGGCCCAGCAAAACAGCCAGUGGAGACCGCUGAGCCUGGGGCGAAGCAGUCCAACUGAUGCUGCAUGGAUCUCCCCACUACCUCCUGAUGGACCUGUUAGGCUGACCACGUGGGUUUGGUAGUCUGCCUUCUGUUGAUGCCAUCUUAUGUACACUGCAGCCGCUUUGGACUGAUCUUCAAGAAUGUGGAAUUUGUGAUCAUGUUCUUUGCUUCCCCAUGGCCUCACCUUGUCACAAUAGUGACGCAUCUCACUCUCACUGCUUGCAUAUUAAGCACUAAGAUGUAUGCAGCUUUACACUAUCCAGUCCCUGUUAUUAGCUCUGGCCCUUCCCACCUGUCUUUCUGGUGGACAUUCCGAGUCAUCGUCCAGAUGGAUACUCAAGCUAUGUUACUUCGUGGCCAGUCAGCUGGGCUUCCUCUUCAUUUUAGCCAUGCAUGUUAUCAAUGGCAAGGUUUUCUGUUGCCUUCACAAAACGAAGCCAGUGCACAUGGCAUUGACCAUCAGCCAGAUUUUAUUGUUCUGUGGGUCUGGGGUCAACAACCAAGGUUCUUCCUGUUUUGUUUCCAGCUUCAGCCUAGGGUCCAGCAGACUACUGUGGACGAGGUCAAGGGCAAACAGGAGUAAAUUCUAUGUUCUUCACAUCUCUUCUUGCCUCUGGGCCAGUCUACUAGUGAACCUUCAUGCAAGUCUGGCCAUGCCUGAUUGUAGUCAGUCCGUUGACUGUUGGCUAGGUUGCUGUUGGCUCCAACUGACUUGUUCAUGAAAGACCUCAAGAACCUGCCUAUGGACCCAGGCAUCCUCACAGUGCAUGAGCUACAAACCUACCCUCCACAGACUUAGGAACCCUCCUGGUGGGCAGCCUGGUAUUUGUGAGUCCUGAGGAGGGUAGGGCUUUGGGCCACAGCCUUAUCAACUAGGUAUCUGUGUCAACUGUCCUUGUUCCUUGCUGAGAUGGGACAAGAGCACUUCAGUGGGAUGCUGAGGAAGACAGAUUUUUCAUUUGUAUGCCUGUGUUUACUUCACACCUCCAUGCAACUAGUCCACUUCCCUAUCUACCUACCCUGUCCUUCCUACUCUCCUCCUUGUUCCCCCACCCCCUGCCUCCUACCUUUAAAAUAGCAUCAGCUCAGACAAAGAAAUUCAUCAUCCAGGCUUUUCUGUGUACAGCUAGGGAGGUAGAUAGGGCUUCCCAUGCACACGCAUGUAGGAGGCUGAGAUAGGGAAAAAAAAGCAAAAAACAAAAAACAAAAACAAAACCAGAAGGCCUCAAGAGGGUCUAUGGCUAGACCUGGGCCCUGAAUCCCGGAUUCAUUCUGUAGUUCUAAAGUUGUAUGCAUCUGCUAGGAUGCCCCUAAGGCAGCAGUGUUGUGGACUCUAGUUUAGUCUUCUGUGUGUUCCUUAAAGACCCAGGGGCUUCCUUUUGUCUCCGUUGGUAGCCUGUGCAACUGGGAUCCUCAACCCUCAGCUUUCCUUACUUCUUAGCCCAAAUAUACUCACUAUGGGGGAAUCCCAAGGUGUUCUUAGGGACAGGCAUAGGCAGGGCCUGUUCUAGAUAUUUCUAGUGAGUGUGCAGGCUGAGAUGGGCCCUCUCUGCCCAGGCUUGCCUGUGUCCUGACUUGCCUUCAGUGGAAAGUAGAACUCUCUAAACCAGUCUUUCUCCAGACCCACAUUCUGCUAUGAAAGACUUCAUCCUAACCUCUGUGAGGGGGUCCUUGACUCAGUGGUAAGGGGAUGAUAGGCAGGGGAAUCACGGCAAGAGAACAUAGAAUAGGUAUGAGCCUGGUAUUGAGUGGAUCAGUAAAAACUUGACAGAAAUGGCUUGUGAAGCUGCAGAGUGUGAUCCUAUCUCUCAGUGAUGAAGGUGACAGGAGAGACCUUACUCAGGGUUGGGAAGGGAGAAUUAAAGGGAUUGUUGGUAAACAUACCUGGGCAAGGAUGGAUCCAGAGUUCUGGACAGUUUUUAUCAUCAUUAGUGGAUUUUUUUUUGUAAUCAUAGAAACAAACCAAAAGCAAUGUUACUGUGUUGGAUGUUUUCUGUUCUAGGUGCAGCUUUGUGUAUGUGGAAGAUUGUGCUAUAUGCUGUGUAUCUGGCCUCAAAGAGUGGAGGAGAUGGUUCUUGGACCCUGUAUGCCUUCUACCUCGAAGCAUUCAUCAUCAGCCACAAGCAACCGAAUUUCAUCUGUAGCUCUUCUUCCUCCUGCACUGUUUAUCAGAAGUCCAAGGUACUGUUGUCGAUGCAGUCAGAUGUACUUUGGGAGAUUGGGGCUCUGGUGUUGAUAGUUGUGGGGUGCACUCUUAUGAUCACAGCAAGUUGACUUCUGUGUAUCAUUUUGUGUAAGUUAAUGAUUUCUCAGAAGUGGGCCUUAUAAAUGAGUCUUCAUAAUUGUGAAACUCAAGGAGUGAUGAUGAGGAUAUUCUACUCUCCCCCACAUCCACAAAAGAAGAGGCCAUUCUGCUGUAAAUCUGUCUAAGAUCCUGAUGUAAGAUACCCUUUACAAUAUCAGUCUUUUCUCCUGUGUAACAUAGAGACUUUUAUGGACUGUUAGGGUUGCUGUAUUCUGUGAAAAUAAUCUCUCCACAUAAUCUUUCACUGGUUGUUGUAGUUGAUAUUUCAUACCCUGGUAAUAAUGUGAUUAUUUCCCUGUUACUAAGCAGCAUAAAUACUUGCAAGUGUGCAUGUUUGGUGGAAAAAUAAUAAUAAAAAUUCUUGUGUUAC